UAACAUGUGGGACGUGCGCAGCCCUGCGCUGUAUCCUGUCCCGUGAUUGGGACACUACAGAGCAGCCGCCGCCUCUUCCCGCCAUGGCCGCUCCGGUGCUCACAUCCAGGCAGAUUCAGAAUGUGGACACGGCUCUGGACAUGUGGGUCCCAGAAUACCAAGAGAUCCGUGGGAAGAUGAUGACUGGACACGUAGAGUAUCAGAUUGUGGUGGUCACGUCUCUACCUGCUUUCAAAUCGUCCAGACACAGGCCUGAGGAUGUAGUACAGUUUGUUGUAUCUAGAAAGUACAGUGAGAUUGAAGACUUCUACCACAAAAUAUCCACACUAUACCCCAAGUGUCCUCUGCCCCCUUUUCCACGGAAGGUGUUGUUUGUUGGGGAGACGGAUAUCAGAGAGAGGAGAACCACCUUUAACGCUAUUGUGAAGGCCAUUGCCCGCGAGGAGGAGCUGGUGGCAUCUCCAGAGCUUCAGGAUUUCCUAGGAUCAGCCAUUAGUGACUUUGUUGAGUCAAAGAGUGCAAGGCCGUAUGCAAACCAUUCAGAAGAUGGAGAUUUCUUCAAAGCUGAAACGCCAGCAGAGGACCCUCUUCUACAGAUAGAAAGCAAGCUGCCGAGCAAGAAAGCUGAGGUGCAGGAAGAAGAUGAGGAGGAGGAGAUGGAGGAGGUCGAUUUAGACCCGCUUGGCAUCAUGAAGGAAAAACGAGUAAAGAAGAAGCCCAUUGCUAAGAAAACUGAAGAUCCCAAGUUACCGUCCAAGUCCACAAUUGCUCUUUUUGAUGAUGAAGUCGAUCCGGAUGAAGAAUUGUUUAAAACGGUUUCAAAUAAUUCAUCUAAGAGCAAGAAAACUUACAAAGGGUCUGAUGAUAUAAAAUUAUUUGAAGAGCAAGACCUAGGAGGGAUUGUGAAACUAGGCGACUCCUUGCUGCUGCCAUCUGCAUGCAGUAAUGAUCCUUUCUUCAAACCAUCAACUGCGGAGGACACGGAUGCAUUGUUCCGAGUCGAAGAAGAUCUGGAGAAACUUUUAAAUCUUGGAAUGAAGACAAAGAAUAAGCCAAAGCCCCAAAUACCUGCCAAGCCCACAUUUCUGAAGGAGUCGAAGAAUUUGGCCAGCCUGCCAAGCAUGGACACAAAGCCCUCAGAAACCAAUGUGGACGACAUGGACGAGUCAGACAUCCUUCGGUACAUUAAAGAGAACGAGUCUGCAGACAGUGACUCACUCAGUCUCUUUUAAAGGACUUGUGCUGAUCUUGCUUUCCUUUUGAAGUGUCCUUUAAGCCCUAUUUAAGCAGCUGCCUUUUUAGCUACCUCCCCUAGUGAUUAGGCAGGUAGGCAGAAUGUUAAUAAACUGUAGAGCAAAAGUCAAUCAUGAAAUUGUUGAUGUACUGCAACUUCCAGCAGGCCUUACAAUCAGCCCUUGAAGGGACCAGUGGUCUGGUUAAGAAACAAAAUUUUAAAUACGUUAUUAGAGAAAGUUCAAAGAUGGAGGAGGGGGGCUGUAUUCAGAAUCUUAAUCUGUUAGCUAGAAAGUGUACAUCCCACUCUGGAGGACCCAACACUAAUUGAUGUCAAUGGAUACCAUGUAGUACUACAUUUCCCCUAUGGUGGCGCUGCAGGGGAUUUGAACAUUUA